CGGGAACCGCACUUCCUCCGGGGCCUCCAGAAAACCACGGGCCGCGGGGCCGGCGGCGGGGCCGGCAGGAUGGCGGAGGGCAGGGCGGGGGGCGCCGCCGGCCUGUUCGCCAAGCAGGUGCAGAAGAAGUUGAGCAGGGCCCAGGAGAAGGUGCUGCAGAAGUUGGGGAAAACUGUGGAAACCAAAGAUGAACGGUUUGAACAAAGUGCCAACAACUUCUAUCAUCAACAGGCAGAAGGCCAGAAGCUCUACAAGGACCUGAAGAACUUCCUUAGUGCAGUCAAAGUGAUGCAUGAAAGCUCCAAGAGAGUGUCAGAAACGCUGCAGGAGAUCUACAGCAGCGAGUGGGACGGUCACGAGGAGCUGAAGGCCAUCGUAGGGAAUAAUGAUCUCCUCUGGGAAGACUAUGAAGAGAAACUAGCUGACCAGGCAUUGAGGACCAUGGAAAACUACGUAGCCCAGUUCAGCGAGAUUAAGGAAAGGAUUGCCAAGCGGGGCCGGAAACUUGUGGACUAUGACAGUGCCCGACACCACCUGGAGGCGGUGCAGAAUGCCAAGAAGAAAGAUGAGGCCAAGACUGCCAAGGCAGAGGAAGAGUUCAACAAAGCCCAGAGCGUCUUUGAAGACCUGAACCAGGAACUGCUAGAGGAACUGCCUGUUCUUUAUCAUAGUCGUAUUGGCUGUUACGUGACCAUCUUCCAAAACAUUUCCAACUUGAGGGAUGUCUUCUACAGGGAGAUGAGCAAGCUGAACCACAGCCUCUAUGAGGUGAUGAGCAAACUGGAGAAGCAACAUUCCAACAAAGUCUUUGUGGUGAAGGGAGUAUCAAGCAGCAGGCGCUCUUUAGUCAUCUCUUCCCCAGUUCGCACAUCUGAAGCCCCCAGCCCCCUGACCUCACCUACCAGUCCCUCUGCGCUUUCUCUGAAGAGUGAGAGGGAUUCCUCAUCAGCAAGUGAAGAAGAGCUGGCAUCUGAUCCGGCCCAGGGAGAAGACGAAUCUGAGAUUCAAGAGCCCUUAAAAGACAAGGAAAUUGAGGGAGAAGAGUCUGAAGUCAGCUCCUCUGAGGAGGAAGAGCCUCUGCCAGCUUGCAAUGGCCCCAAGCAGGCCCAGCCCUCUGCCACCGUUGAGGGCAGCAAGUCCCAGGAGGAAGUUCUCCCUUGCUCCCCAGCUCCAUCACCAGGCAGGGCCCUUGUCCCUUCAGAGCAGCCCUCGUCUCUCCCAGAGGUAGUCCUCCGAACCCGCACCUCAAGUGAAGGAUCUGAACAACCAAAGAAGAGAGCCUCCAUCCAGAGGACCUCAGCACCUCCGAAUAGGCCCCCUCCACCCAGAGCCACUCCCAGCCCCAGGCACUCCUCAGGGAACAUACCCUCCAGCCCUCUAGCCUCUGAGCAGGGUUCACCUACCAGUCCCAGGACCUCCUUAGAUGCUUCACUGGACCCACAGCCACCAGAGAAGCCAGUAAGAACUCCCGAGGCCAGAGAAAAGGAAAACAUCAACAGUCUGAAUCCAGAAGAACUUUGUACUUCCCCUACCUCGAAGAUAUCUGAGGAUUUUUCAGAGUCUGACACAACAAAGAAGAUCGAGGACAAGGAAGAGACCAAUAAGCUCAUCUCCGUGGACUCCCCUGAGAGCCAAGAUCUUCAGCUUCAUGUCUCUGCAGUUCCAGAAGACAGCAAUGUCACGGCAAGCGAGCCUCAGGAAGAGGUAUCUGCAGUUCAAACUGACUACCUCUGAAGAGGAACUGCCAAGACCCCUCCCCAGAGAAGCCCCUCAGCUGGAGGGUAUAUAGGUCGGAGAGACUUAAGAUCUAGCAUUCAGUUUUAGAUUCUCCAGCCAUAUGAAUGCUGGUGGUCUCUAAAGAUCUAGCAUUAAUGGAGGCUGAGGAGCCGACUUGGGGGAGGGAGGGUGGCAGGCUUGGAAGAAGAAACUAUUAGAUUCCGGGAAUAUUUAAUUCAGGCUUUAUAGCACUGUUAGAAUAAGAAGACUUUAUAUAUUAUUAAGUAAAGCGGGCCGAAAAUGACUGUAAAAAGCAUAAGCAUCUGUAGAUAGAGACACAUCCACAUAGAGACACAUUACCUACCACUCGUACUCAGGGGACAGUGAACAAAUCGUUGACUUACCAGUCACUUAGAGCCAAAAGAAGAUUUUCAGAUUGUUAAAUAAAGUGUUAUUCUGACUGUGUAUGGAUGGGGUGGUUUUUUUGUUUUUUGGGGUUUUUUUAGACACAGCGAGUUGUUUCAGCCCAGAACCCUACUCUCCACUUAGGAUGUUACUGAUUCUACCCCACGUUCAGAAAGCUUUAGUCCCAUCCGUGACACCCAGCCCCCGUGGGAAUGAUGCCAGGGGCCACAGGCUCCUUUCCUCCACCGAGGUGCUUUCCUGCCUGACCCCUGCCCCCACUUUCAGCUAAUAAGCAAAUUCCCCCGGUGAGGGGUUACAUUUUAGAGCUGUAGCUAGUGUUUACAAUCUGCUGUGUGGUGUGAAUAAGUAUCUGAGCAGGAUGGAAGGAGACAUGGAAUUCCAUGUGAAGGGAAAGGGUACAAAGUAUAAUAAUAUGAUGGAAAUGGUGUGGAAUUUAGAAUCCAUCAUUUAUUUCUGUGAAAACAUUAAAAACUUGCUUUGAAGUCCUGCCACCCCAAUAAACACACACAUGCAAAUGCUCA